AUGGGGAAGGACAAGGUCAAGAAGGCGGGCCAGGCCUCCGCGGCGGGAGCCCGCGCGAGUGGCUUCGGCGGCGGCGGAUCGUUCGGAGGGAUCGGGUUCGGUGGAUACUCCGGCGCGCAAUCCCUGUCGUCGCAGACCUACGACGAUGCCGCGGGCGCGGUCGAGGUGGACGACGACCUGGCGAGGGUCAUGGCCCGACUCGUGAAGCACAACACCGCGACCAGGCUCAAGGCCCUCGCGGACCUCGUCGACGUGUGCGAGGGACGCGCGUGCGGCGGCGGCGGCGGCGGCGGGGACGCGUCCGCCUCGGCGCCGUACGCACGAUCCCCCGAGGAGCUCGCCGCCGCGCUGCCCCAGUGGACGCUCGCCUACCGCAGGCUCCACCUGGACAACUCCCUCGCCGUCAGAGUCGCGUCGGCGAAGGCGAUGGCGGUCGUCGCUGGAGGCGCCGGCAAGGGCCUGGGGAAGCACCUCAGGCGCCUGGCCCCGUCCUGGUGGUUCGCCGCGCACGAUCCCGACGAGACGGUGGCGAAAGAGGCGCUCGGCGCCUUCGAGUCGGUCUUUCCCACCGACGCGAAACGCGCCAACGCCCUGCUGUUCGCGCACGCCGAGAUUUUGGACCAGGCUUCGGAGAAUCUCCUCGUCAGGUCCCCGGACGCGAUGCCCCACAGGGAGGGCACCGCCGACGAGCGCGCCGAGCGUCACGAGCGUUUGCUCGCGAGCACGGUCAGGGCCAUCGGCGGGUUCGCCAAGCGCGCCUUCGUCGGCGCCGAUUUCGACGCGGGUGACCCGAAGGCGUCGGCGGCGUUGGAAAAGCUCGGCGCCGCGAUUGACGCCGCCGGGUGCCUGGGUCCGUUCGUCAGGUCCCCGGCGGCCGCGCUGCGUCGCGCCGCGUACGUCGCGCUGAUGGACGUCAUCUCCUCCGGCGCCGUCGCGGACCGUCUGAUCGGCGAUGGGGCCCGGUGCGGGGAUCGACGAAAGAAAAUAGCCCGGCUGUGCGUCGCGACGGCGCUGGAGGAGACGGACGGGUCAAACUUUUCGGCGCUCUGGGAGCUGGUCGUGACGUACCCCCAGGCCAGGGCGGGGUGCUGGGACGACGUGCACGCGGGCGUUGAGGUGAUCCCGGCGCUGAAGUCGCACCUGGCGAGCGGGUGCCACGGCAACGCGACGGCGUCGGCGCCGUCCAUCCUUCCGUUCCUGUCGCUCCUGCCCCCUCGAGCUCUGACGGACUCGAGCUCUGACGUUCCCAAUUCGGCGGCGGGGGGUUCCGAAUCGGUUGCCAACGCGUCGGCCCUCGCGGACGUGCUCGCCGCCGCGUGGGAGGGCUGGAAGCUGUGCUGCACGCCGUCCAGGGCGGACGACGCCGCCGCGCUCCUGAGAUGCCAACGCGAGGGCUUGCUCUACGGACUCAUCGUCCUCGCCGAGUCCGCGGCGGACCCGAGCGCGUUUCGCGCGGGGCUCGUCAGCGCGUCCGUGCUGGACCGCUGGGCGCCCGAGUGCAUGGCGACGGCGACCCACGGCGACGUCGAAAGAAGAGCGCUGUGCGAGGUGCUCGCGACGAUCAGCUGCAAGCCGGAGCUCGACGCCGUCGCGGGAACGAUGUGGGCGGCGCUCGCGUCGAGAGCCGUCGACCUGUGCGGGGGUAAGACGGGCGGUAAGAUGGACGCCGCGGGCGCCGCUCGCGUCGUGACCUUUCAUCGAUGCCUCCUCCACGCGGCGGAGCGCAGGCGUUUAAAGACGGGCGAAGACGGGGGCGAUUGGGUCCGCGAGAGGUUCGCGAAGCCGGUGGCGUCGGCGGCGCUCGAAUCCGUCGCCGCGUACCCCGGCGACGCCGCCGCCGCAGACGUCGUCGCCGCGAUGGUUCGAUCGCACGGCGCCGGGUGCCUCCCAACGGACGAAGCGAUGCGCGGACUCGUCGACACGUGCGAGUCGCCCGCUCUGCUCGCCGCGGUGGUAUCCGCGGCUCCGGAGCUCUGGGACGACGCGCUCUCCUCUCUGUCCUCCAAAGCCGGGACGCUCGCCGACGUCCUCUCGCGACUGUCGCUCACCGGUGGCGUCGACGACGCGAAGAAAUGGGGCAGGGUUCGGCUGGACGAUGCUGUGGUCGGUGCCGCGGGCGGGGGCGUCGACGGCUCUGGCGUGGGCGCGCUCCUGAUUGCCGCGGCGCCCCUCGUGUCCUCGGGCGCGGCGGUUGAAGUCAUGACCAGGCUCGCGGCGACUGUUCGGCGAGGAGACGCCGCGGCGGCCGGGACGAGGGACGCCGCGGGGGCUUGGGCGUGGCCCCCGCCCGAUGGUGAUCGCGCCGGCGCGAGGGAGGCGUGGGAAGAUCUCUUCGAGGCCCUGUUUCUCGAGCACUUGACGUCGCGUGAAUCGCAAGAGGAUGAAAUCGAUGCGAACGGAUACGCUUCCUCGAGCGACGGGGAAGAAUCUAUUGAGAACGACGGGUCGUCGAGCGCGGAUGACGAAGACGACGACGACGACGACGACGAAGAGGAUGACGCAGAGGACGAAGAGGACGAAGUCGACUCGAAGCCACGGUCGUCAACCGGUGCGGGUGAUGAAGCUUGGGAAGCUCUGGAGCGAUCGGUGGCGUCAAAUCCCGUGGACCUCGGCCAAUCCUCCAUUCAUCGCAGGCUCGCAUCCGCCGCCGCCGAAUACCUCAUCGGCAACCGAGGAGCCAAGGCUUCGGCAAUCGCACACUCCGCAGUUUCCGUCCUCGUCGCACUCGGCGUCGAGUCGACUGAAGCCGGACGCGCAGUCGCGUCCGCCGCGUGGGAGUCGGGCAAAGACGCGCCGGAGACUCUGCCCGCGUAUCUCGCCGGCGUAGCGGAGCUCGUGGGAUGGGCUCCGGUGAUGGACGCGGCGAACAUCGAACCGGGCGCACCGUUCGAGUUUGCCGAUCGGAUCUUGUCCGUACCGUCCGUGGCCUCGUCGUUCGAAUCGUUCUUGCUAGCCGCGGAUAGGGGCGCCCCGCUGGACGGGACCCUCGCGCGACUGGCGUCCGUCGCGACGUCUCGAGACAAAGAAUCAGCCGACGCCGCGCUCGCACACGCGCAGCGUCUGCUUCGCAAAGUCCGACGACGCAGGGCGCAGUGGCUGGAGGACGGCGACGGCUUGUUCCGAGUUUGGUUCGAUUCCGUGCACGAGAAGGACGGGUCGAGCGGCCGAGCAACCGCGAGCGUGCUUCCCGCGUUGUUGCCGCCGCGAGACCGCCGCGACGCGUCUCAUUUAAAAUUCGUCGCGAACGCCGUGGCCGACGCCGCCGCGAUGGUCGCGCGGCGCAACGUCGCCCUGAGCGGACCGCUGCUGCUCAUCGCGGCGGCGUGCUUCUCGGAUCCGCAGGACGGUGGGUCGCGCGCAGGAUCGACGGCGGCGUCGAGGCCGGUUGUUGUCAAGAAGGGCGAGGCGCCCGAGCUUCUCGAUCUGUUCAGGAAACUUUCGCUGAGGGAAGCCGCGGAGGCGGCCGCGGCUGCCGCGGCUGCGCGAUUCGGCGCCGCGGACGGCGGCGCGGGUGGACCCGAUCAAACCCCGGAGGAGGCUGAGGAGGCUGAGCUCGGGGUCGCGGCGCUGAGCCUAGGGACGAUUGAAAAUUGCGCCGCCGACAUGGACGCGAGGGACUGGCAGACGAUAAUCGGCCGCCUCGAAUCGUGGACGCAGACCAGGGUGUUGCACGCGGAGACCGCGGCGGAGGAAACCGCGUCGAUCGCGGCGAGCGUGUGCCACGAGGAGAUCGGGAAAGAUGGACCCGUUCCCGUCGUUGAACACGCGCCGGUUGGUUGGAAAAUCGCCGCAGAGGCUGCGAGGAUACUCCUCAGGAUCGACGCCCUCCCCGUCGCAGUCGCGACGCCGGAUCCGUCUAAACCCGGCGAUCGCGGCGAUAUCGUCGCGUACAGCGUCAAGGGACCGGACGCCGGAGCCGUCGCGCGCCAGCUGGCAUCCGCCGAUUGGCCGACGGCUCGCGGAGACGUUCACGCCAGCCUCGCCAGAAUCGCGCUCGCGGCGGGGGCUCAGCUGCACUGCUGCAACGCGGUCAGAGACGAGGAAGCCGCGGUUGGAGCGUCCAUGAUUACCGCUUGGUGGCGAAUCAGAUCCGUCGAGGCGCCCCUGUGGGUAUACCUCGCGACAUUGUGGAGCUCCUCGUCGGGCCAGUCGGCAGUCGCGGCGACGAAUGCGUUUCGGGAGAUGGACCACUGGUCCACAGACGCCGGCUGCGGCACGAUUCCCUCGCUCUACGCCCUCAUGCUCUCGUCCAACGAUCGAAGCCGCGUCAUCGACGACAUCGAUGAGGACGUCGCGGAGUCUCUCACCAGGGCAUCGUACGCGCUGCUGUCCACGCCGGCGCUGCUCAAGCCCGCGGUGAUCGGCCUCGACGCCAACAUCGACGACGUGGCGCUCAUCGAGGAGGCCGUGGACAAGGCUGAGGACGAGGGAGACGCUCCCGACGGCGACGCUCCCGACGGCGAAAGCGAAGACGCCGUGUGCGAACCUGUGGCGCCCAGAUCCAGGGAUCCGGUGCAGAUCGCCGCCGCCGCGGCGGAGAAGGCGGCGAUUCGGGAACAGCUCGCGGAUGCGCUCGCGCCGAACCCUUCCGAUUCCGUCGCGACCGGGGGUAGGGGCUCCCCCGCGCCCAAGCGACGCGUCACCGGGUCCGCGCAUCGGGUCACGAGCGAGGGAACUCUGCUGUGCUGGAGUCUGCUGCUGCGCCUGACCACGCGCCUGCCCCACGGAUCGCGGACGAGGGAACGAUUACUCGAAUACGCCCGGGCGACCAAGGCUGUCCCGAGGCUCAUGUCCGCCAUCGCGCCGACGCUUCCGCUCGCCGAGGCAAACGCGAGGAUCACGCCGCGAGGAUCGAGACGCGGGUCCCUGUCCUCCAUCGUCGACGCCCCAGGGAGGGCGGACUCGCCGGCCCGCGGGGAGGACGCCGACGGCGCUGGGAUUCCCCCGGCGUGGCGUGAACUCGCUCGGCUCUCGAGGGACGCGGCGUCUUCCGGCGGAUCCGGCGGCGGGAAAGCGGCGGCGGGAGCGUCGGUGGACCCGCUCGACCCGGGCCUGCUCUAUCGACCCGUCGACCGGCUCUCGGGAACCUGCGACGGCGACGGCGACGACGACGACGACGUCGUCGGCGAGAAGAAGACGCGGGUCUCGUCCAGGCGAGCCGCGCGCGAGGCUGACGAGCGCAAGUCCGCCCGCCUCUCCGUCGGCCUCUACCACGCCGCGCUUCGAGCGCUUCCGGCGGCUGUGCGCGUGUGGUUCGCGGAUCUCAGGGAUAAGAACUUCGCGAGAGCCCUCGCGUCCGCCACCGCGUCUUGCGUCUCCCCCGCGCUGCUCGCCGCGGAGUUUGACGCCGUGGAGCGCGCGAGCAAAGGGACGUACGGCGGCGGCGGAUUGGACGACGACGCGGGCGAGCUCACGAUUAAGGCGUCGAGGGGUAACCGGGAGGUGGUUGCGCGUUACGACAUCGACGACGCGUGCCUGGAGCUGGUGGUUCGACUUCCCGCGUCGUACCCGCUCGGCGCGGCGGAGUUGGACUGCGCGAAGCGGGUGGGCAUAUCGGAGGCUCGACUGCGCAAGUGGAUGCUGACUGUCAGCUCCAUCCUUCAGCACCAAAACGGCGCAGUCGCGGAGGGUCUGAUGCUGUGGAGGUCGAACAUCGACAGGGAGUUCAAGGGGGUGGAGCCGUGCCCGAUCUGCUACCUGGUCAUCCACGGCACGAACCACCAAACUCCGAGGCUCGUCUGCAGGCAGUGCAGCAACAAGUUCCACAGCGCGUGCCUUUACAAGUGGUUCCAGAGCAGCAGCGGCUCAAAGUGUCCGCUCUGCCAGGUGCCGUGGGGAAGCAACUAUCGGUAG